CAAACGGAAUUGUUGAGGUGUUUGCAACGAUUUUUCUUCAACGGCGCGUGUGAUAGCAAAGACGAGGUGAAUGCGCGGCGCGUUUUCUGUCAGAAUCUGAUGAAUAACGUUGUUAUUGUUGUUCGCUUCUUUGGUGAAUAGAAUAUAUAUUGUGGAGGAAAAAAAUAGAGUGGUGGUCAAAAGUGAAGUGAAGUGAGAAAAAAAAAAUAAAAUAAAUUUGAAUUAAAUUUUAAGAAAAGUGGUAUUGGCGAUUCGAAUACGACGACACAUAUGGAAUAAAAAUCACAUCGUCGAGAAGAAGAUUCUAAUCAGAUAGAAGAAGCAGCAGGAGAAGCGUGACAUACAACAUUUCUAGAAAAAAAUACAAGGCCACUCACCACAGAAAUAAAACAAAAUUGAGUGAAAAAAAAAAUAAUAAUUUCCAAGAGUUCGAAUAAUUCCUGAGAUUAUCCAAAAACCAGCCUCAAAACGGCCUACAUACCGCAACGCCGUCUCUUCGGGGGUGGCAGUUUGACAGGGUCCGCUGGCGGCUCUGUCAACACCACCCCCACCAGCACCAGUGGCGUUGGCUCAACUGGUGGUUACGGUGGCCACAGCAUGGAUCAUGGCAUCACAUUGCAUCGCCAACAGAAUACCGGCAGUGGUAGCAUUCUCAACAAGUCCUACAGUGUUAAUAUAGCCAAUGGUAAUAACAACAUCGCAAAUUCCAAUACAACAACAACCACAUCAUCUUCGUCAUCAUCAUCGAUAAAUCAACAGCAUUUGAAUUCAAAUCACAACAACAAUACACCAAUUAGUGGGCUGGGCAGCGGCGGUGGUCUGAGCAGCAAAUAUAAGCCGCCAUUGUAUCCGAAACCUAAAACACCAUCUUUCGACAAGGAUCGUGACUAUAUAGGUUUUGCCACGCUGCCGGAACAGGUCCAUCGUAAAUCGGUAAAGCGUGGUUUUGAAUUUACCCUCAUGGUUGUAGGAGAGUCGGGUUUGGGCAAAUCGACCCUGAUCAAUAGUCUCUUCUUGGGUGAUAUGUACAAGAAUCGGGUUAUACCACCCGUCGAGGAACGCAUUGAGAAGACGACACGCAUCGAAAAGAAAACCAUGGACAUCGAGGAGAGAGGGGUACGUUUGCGGCUAACGGUAGUAGAUACACCCGGUUUUGGCGAUUCGGUGAAUUGUGAAGACAGCUGGAGGGUGUGCACGGCCUACAUCGAUGAACAGUUCCGUCAAUAUUUCACCGAUGAAAGUGGUUUGAAUCGACGCAACAUUCAGGAUAAUCGGGUCCAUUGCUGUUUAUAUUUUGUACCUCCAUGGGGUCAUAGUUUACGUCAAAUGGAUUUGGAUCUGCUGCGACGCUUGCAUCGCAAAGUCAACAUUGUGCUGGUCAUUGGCAAAGCCGAUUGUUUAACCAAAACCGAGGUACGCAAUCUAAAGGAACGGAUACUGCGCGAUCUCGAAGAUAAUCACAUACAGCUGUAUCAGUUUCCCGAAUGCGAUUCCGAUGAGGAUGAAGAUUUCAAGCAGCAAGAUCGGGAGCUGAAGGCUUCCAUCCCCUUUGCGGUGGUCGGCAGUAAUGUCAUCUUGGACAUUGCGGGCAAAAAGGUACGCGGCCGCCAAUAUCCCUGGGGUGUGGUCAACGUUGAGGAUCCGGAACAUAGUGAUUUCAUCAAGCUACGCACCUUCCUCAUCUCCACGCAUAUGCAAGACUUAAAAGACACCACCCAAGAUGUCCACUAUGAGAAUUUCCGGGCUCAAUGUAUUUCGCAGAUAUCGCAACAUGCCCUGCGUGAACGGGGUAAAUUGAAGCGUGAUUCGAUUAGUUCAACAAAUGGUUUUGAAGCUGCCAUCACGGAAACGGAUCGUCUGCUGCUGCAAAAGGACGAGGAGAUUCGUCGCAUGCAGGAUAUGCUGACACAGAUGCAGGAGAAACUGAAACAGACGCAUCUCAUGGAGAUGAAAAAGAACGACAGUGUCAUAGAUGUUUAGAAAUGUAGUCUUGUUGUACAGCCGAAACGGAGUAGUGUGGCCAAGGUGGCGCUCGGUGGCUAUAAUAGCUGCUAUCGGGUUACUUCGUUUCUUUGAUCGAAGGCGAAGGAAGAUGAGGAGGAGGAGAAGGAGUUACAUCACAUCUGAGUGAAAGGAAGUGUUAGCAUUUCGGAAAAGGAGAGGAGUUUAACCGUGAAAUGCACAACAAAAUUAAAUAUUUUUCAGUGAAUUUUUGAUUACAACAAAAAAACAAGCAACAACAACAAAAAGCACCAAACAACAGCAACAAUUAGUAGUUUCAUGGCAAAACAACGAUUAAUGAUUUCCUGUAUGUUUUUU